UGCUUCCUUUCGAGAAAAAAAUCUCUGCCAGACAGACGCGUCUUUUUGAAAACCCAGAAAACAAGCAAAAGAAACCAUGGGAAUCGUCCAGAGUUUCCUUCAACGCAUUGUCAAUUUUUUUUGGCCGCAGCCGGCCCCCCAAGAGAGAUACGAAAUGAAGGAGCCACGGGCUCCAUUCUCACCAAGAUUCCCCCCCAUCCGUGAGGAGGAUGAAGAAGUUGCCAGCGAUGAUGGGGGCAGGGCCCAAAGACCACCAUCUGGAGGACGCCGCAGAUAUUCUCUAAGAAAGAGACGCUAAGCGACUCCUUCUGUGUCAGUCAAGUCCUGGUAUUUUGUUUUUGGUGACGGGAGAUGGAUUUGGCUAGCGCUGACGUCAAAUCCCUUGGAAAUAAUGUCUCCCAAGAACUUGACUGCACCUUAAAAUUGUCAAGUUUUCUAAAUUAAAUUGUAAAAUUACCUUGACAAUAAAACUACAAAAUGUA